GUGGUGCUGAUCCCGUCAGGCGCUGGCGGCGGCGGCCCGGCUCCCUCUUCCCGACCGGCCCGGCUCUGCCCCGCUGCGCCCGCGCCCCGCAGGGCCUCCCGCCCUCCAGUCGCGGCCCCCCGCCCGGGGCGCGGCCGCCACCGGCACCAUGCGCCCCGCAGCCCUGCUGCUCCUGCCCUCGUUCCUGGCGCUCCUGGCUCACGGACUCUCCUCUCAGACCCCGAUUCUGGGGGAGGGGCAGGCUGCAGGCAUGGAGGAGGCAGAUGGGGAACUGACCGUGGCCCCUACACCGGAGCAGCCAGACCAUGGGGUCCACUUUGUCACCACGGCCCCAACCUUGAAGCUACUUAAUCACCACCCGCUGCUGGAGGAAUUCCUACAAGAUGGACUGGAGGGCCGGGAGGAGGAGCUGAGGCCUGCACUGCCCUUCCAGCCUGACCCACCUACACCCUUCACUCCCAGUCCCCUGCCCCGCCUGGCCAACCAGGACAACCGUCCUGUCUUCACCAGCCCCACCCCAGCUGUGGCUGCCGCUCCCACUCCACCACAGUCCAGGGAGGGACCCUGGGGCCUGGAAUCAGAACUCCCUGAGCUUCACCUCACGGCUCCCCUCCCACCAGGACCCAGCAUGGCAGUGCCCACAAUGGGCCCAGGAGCAAGACCCAAUACCACACCUCCCAGCCGAGCGUGGACCCCAACCCAAGAGGGUCCUGGAGAUAUGGGCAGGCCAUGGGCUCCAGAACCCGUGUCUCAGACCACGGGGCUCAGGACCAAGGGGAUAGUUGCCACAGCCACCACUUCAGGGGACGAUGAGGAGACCACCACCACCACCACCAUCGUCACCACCACCAUCACCACAGUCCAGCCGCCAGGCCCUUGUAACUGGAAUUUCUCAGGACCAGAGGGCUCUCUGGAUGCCCCCAGAUCCCCCAGUGCACCCCCUGGUGUCAGCCUGGACUGUUUCUAUUACAUCUCCGUCUACCCUGGCUAUGGCGUGGAAAUCAAGGUCCAGAACAUCAGCCUCCAGGAAGGGGAGACCCUAACCGUGGAGGGUCUGGGAGGGCCUGACCCACUACCCCUGGCCAACCAGUCUUUCCUGUUUCGAGGCCAAGUCAUCCGCAGCCCCACCCACCAAGCAGCCUUGAGGUUUCAGAGCCUCCCAUCACCUGCUGGGCCUGGUACCUUCCAUUUCCACUACCAAGCCUAUCUCCUGAGCUGCCGCUUUCCCCGACGGCCCUCUUAUGGGGAUGUGACAGUCACCAGUCUCCACCCAGGGGGCAGCGCCCGCUUUCACUGUGCGACCGGCUACCAGCUGAAGGGUGCCAGGUUCAUGACCUGUCUCAAUGCCACUCAGCCCUUCUGGGAUUCCCGGGAGCCUGUCUGCAUCGCUGCCUGUGGUGGAGUGAUCCGCAAUGCUACCACCGGCCGCAUCGUGUCUCCCGGCUUCCCCGGCAACUACAGCAACAAUCUCACCUGCCACUGGCUGCUGGAGGCUCCCGAGGGCCAGCGGCUACACCUGCACUUUGAGAAGGUGUCUCUGGCCGAGGAUGAUGACAGGCUCAUCAUUCGUAACGGAGACAACGUGGAAGCCCCGCCUGUGUAUGACUCCUACGAGGUGGAAUACCUGCCCAUUGAGGGCCUGCUCAGCUCUAACAGACACUUCUUUGUGGAGCUCAGUACUGACAGCAGUGGGGCAGCGGCAGGCAUGGCCCUGCGCUAUGAGGCCUUCCAGCAGGGCCAUUGCUAUGAGCCUUUUGUCAAAUACGGCAACUUCAGCAGCAGCGCACCCUCCUACCCCGUGGGCACCACUGUGGAGUUCAGUUGUGACCCUGGCUACACACUGGAGCAGGGCUCCAUCAUCAUCGAGUGCGUGGACCCCCAUGAUCCCCAGUGGAAUGAGACAGAGCCUGCCUGCCGAGCUGUGUGCAGCGGGGAGAUUACAGACUCAGCCGGUGUGGUACUCUCCCCCAACUGGCCAGAGCCCUAUGGCCGCGGGCAAGACUGCAUCUGGGGUGUGCAUGUGGAAGAGGACAAGCGCAUCAUGCUGGACAUCCGAGUGCUGCGCAUAGGUGCUGGCGAUGUUCUGACCUUCUAUGACGGGGAUGACCUGACAGCUCGGGUCCUGGGCCAGUACUCAGGGCCCCGGGGCCAUGUCAAGCUCUUUACUUCCAUGGCUGAUGUCACUAUUCAGUUCCAGUCGGACCCUGGGACCUCGGUCCUGGGCUACCAGCAGGGCUUUGUCAUCCACUUCUUUGAGGUGCCUCGCAACGACACGUGUCCGGAGCUGCCGGAGAUCCCCAAUGGCUGGAAGAGCACAUCACAGCCGGAGCUGGUACACGGCACUGUGGUCACUUACCAGUGCUACCCUGGCUACCAGGUGGUGGGACCCAGCGUCCUCAUGUGCCAGUGGGACCUGAGCUGGAGUGAGGAUCUGCCCUCGUGCCAGCGGGUGACUUCUUGCCAUGACCCUGGGGAUGUGGAGCACAGCCGACGCCUCGUGUCCGGCCCCAACUUUCCAGUGGGAGCCACCGUGCAGUACAUCUGUGACCAGGGUUUUGUGUUGACGGGUAGUGCCAUCCUCACCUGCCAUGACCGCCAGGCUGGCAGCCCCAAGUGGAGUGAUCGAGCCCCCAAAUGUCUCCUGGAACAGCUCAAGCCCUGCCAUGGGCUCAGUGCCCCCAAGAAUGGUGCCCGCAGUCCUGAGAAGCAUGCACACCCAGCAGGCUCCACCGUCCACUUUUCCUGUGCCCCUGGCUACGUGCUCCAGGGCCAGGCCAGCAUCAAGUGUGUGCCCGGACACCCCUCACACUGGAGUGACUCCCCACCCAUCUGUAGGGCUGUCUCUCUGGAUGGGUUCUACGGUGGCCGUAGCUUGGAUGUUGCCAAGGCCCCCACAGCCGCCAGCACCCUGGAUGCUGCCCACAUUGCUGCUGCUAUCUUCUUACCACUGGUGGCCAUGGUGCUGUUGGUGGGAGGUGUGUACCUCUACUUCUCCAGGCUCCAAGGAAAAAGCCCUCUGCAGCUUCCUGGAACACAUCCCUGCCCCCGCCCUUAUAGCCGCGUCACUGUGGAGUCAGCGUUUGACAAUCCGACCUAUGAAACUGGCGAGCUGAGAGAAUAUGAGGUCUCCAUCUAG